AUGCACAAAACAUCAGUAUCUAUUGGGGGGAUGACCUGUGGUGCUUGUUCUGCUACUAUAACAGAACAACUAGAAUCUACUAUUGGUAUAACAAAUGCAUCCAUCUCAUUAGUAACAGAAAAUGGCUUAAUCACUCAUACUUCUCAAAUUACUCCUGAUCAAAUAAAACAAAUAAUUGAAGAUUGUGGAUUUGAUGCUCUGAUUGAAGCAACUAAACUUAUUACUAAUAAUGAAAGUUCAACCCCUACUACUAUGGAAACAUCUAUUGCUAUUGGUGGUAUGACUUGUGGUGCAUGUUCUGCUUCUAUUACUGAACAACUUGAAAAUAAACCAGGUGUCAACUAUGUUUCUGUAUCAUUAGUUACUGAAGAAGGAUUAAUUAAACAUGAUUCAACUAUACUGCCUCAAGAAAUUAUACAAGCUAUUGAAGAUUGUGGGUUUGAUGCUAAAUUAAUUAAAUCUGUUUCAGAUACAGCAUCUUCAAGUGAUGAUGAAGAAGAACAUGAAGAAAUAACACUCAGAAUUUUGGGUAUACAGAAUCAUACUGAUCAAAGUACAUUAAGAUAUAAUUUAGAAGCAUAUAUGCAUAGUUGUUCUGGUAUAAUAGACUUUGAUUUAAUGUUACAAGGUAUUGUAUCUGCCACUACUGAAUCAGGAUAUCAAGUAUUGGGUCCCAUUGCACCUCCACAACUGUCAGAUUCUCCAUCCUCAGAAGCAGAUUCGUCUGAUGAAUUAUCAAUUACUUAUAACCCAAACCUAAUUGGAAUCAGAGAUAUCGUAGAUGGAUUAAAUGAUAUCGAUCAUGAUAUUGGAUUUUUUGUUAUAAACUCAAUAGAUCAAUCAACAUCAACACAAUUGAAAUUACUUUCCAAAGCUAAAGAUAUAAAAUAUUGGCAAAGUAACGUAAUACAAUGUUUAAUAUUCGGUAUACCGAUAAUGGUACUUAAUCAUACCCAACAGAAGAAAUUUUGGAUGAAUUUAAUGGUUUUCCCAGGAUUAUUUUUAGUGACAUUAAUUCAACUUUUAUUAGGAUCAUAUGUAUUAUUCAAAUUAGGUGAAGUAUUUCUUAAAAAGACAAAUUCAUUUGUUAGAAAUAAAUUUAAAGGAGCAACCAUGGAUGUUUUGGUUUGUAUUUCAACUUCAAUCUCAUAUAUUUUUUCAAUCACAACUAUCAUUCUUAGUGUUUGGAAAGGUCAAACAAAUAAACCUCCCAAGGUAUUGUUUGAUACUUUAGUUAUGCUUGUUGGAUUUGUUUCAUUUGGGAAAUUAUUGGAAAAUAAAGCAAAAGGUGCCACAUCAACUGCAUUAUCUAGUUUACUUUCAUUAACACCUUCCAUUUGUACAAUUGUCAAAGAUACAGCCGGAUAUGAAGAAUUCAUGAAACAACAACAUAUCUCAUCCCAAAACGAAAAGAAACCCGCCAGUGCCAAUAGUACAAUUCACGAUUUUGCAACAAGAACAAUCAGUAUCGACUUAAUCCAACCCAACGACAUUGCCAUUGUCUUACCAGGAGGUAAAAUCCCCGCGGAUGGACAUAUCGUAUUUGGUGAAACCGAAGUUGACGAAUCCAUAAUCACAGGAGAAUCCCUCCCAAUCCACAAACGUCCCUCAGAUCCCGUCAUUGGAGGUUCCUUAAAUGGACCCCACUUGAUACAUAUUAGAGUGUCACGUACUGGUCAUAAAUCCCAACUUCAACAAAUUAUUACACUAGUCAAGGAAUCACAAGUUAAUAAAGCCCCAGUUCAACGGUUUUCAGAUUAUAUUGCUGCCAGAUUCGUUCCAGUUGUGCUAGCACUUAGUUUAUUCACAUUCAUUGCCUGGUUGAUAACUUGUAAUAUCGUGCAUAUUGACAAUUUACCCCUGAUUUUCAAAAAGGAUGAAAAUGGGAAAUUUUUCGUUUGUUUAACUUUAGCUAUUUCGGUGGUGGUGGUGGCAUGUCCAUGUGCUUUAGGUUUAGCUGCUCCAACUGCAGUCAUGGUGGGGACUGGAGUAGGCGCUACCAAUGGGGUGUUGAUUAAAGGUGCUGAUAUUUUGGAAAAGACAACAGGUGUGAAUGUGAUUCUAUUUGAUAAGACAGGAACAUUGACUACUGGAGAAAUGGUGUUGGCAGGGUAUAAACAGGUAUUACCAGAGAAUGAAAAAGACAUUAAUUCUAAUGAAUGGUGGGAACUUGUUGGAUCGGUAGAAUGUAAUUCGGAACAUCCUGUAGGUAGAGCAUUAACAAAAGCCGCCAAGGCCAAAUUAGGUCUUCAUUUCGAUGAAGAUCAAUUCGAUACCACAAUUGGAGAAAUCAAAGUCUUGACAGGACAAGGUAUUCAAGCAGAAGUCACAUUACGAAAUAUGAAAACAUAUCAUGUCUGUGUUGGGAAUUUAAAACUCCUCCAACUGACCUUCCCCGACCUCAUUUCCUCCACGUCCUCCUUCUCCCACAUCACCCCUCAAAACAUCAACACCAUCUCCCAUGUCGUCAUCAAUGGCCACUAUGCUGGAUGUCUCGAGCUCGCAGAUGCCGUCAAACAAGGAUCCCGUGAAGUCGUCCAAUAUCUCAAACAACAAGGAUACAUAGUCGGAAUGGUCACCGGUGAUAAUCGUGGAGCUGCUUUCAAGAUCGGUCGUGAUGUCGGUAUAUCAGAAUCCAAUAUCUUUUAUGAAGUUAGUCCCAUUCACAAAGACACUAUAGUUAGUGAAAUCAAAUCCCGUCUCGGUGGGGAUAAAAACGUCGGUGUUGCAUUCGUGGGGGAUGGGAUUAAUGAUGCUCCAGCAUUGGCAAAGGCAGAUAUAGGUAUGGCUGUGAGUUCAGGUACUGAUAUUGCGAUUGAGAGUGCAGAUAUUGUCUUGAUUGGUAGUGGUGGGAAUAGAGAUAGUGGCAAGACUACUGACUUACAUGGUGUGAUUAACGCUUUGGGGAUAUCAAAUGUUACAUUUAAUAGAAUUAGACUUAAUUUCGUCUGGGCGGUGGUUUAUAAUGUGUGUAUGUUACCUUUUGCCAUGGGUUGUUUUUUGCCAUUUGGGAUUAUGUUGUCUCCGGUGAUGGCUGGUGCGGCUAUGAUGAUGAGUUCACUUAGUGUGGUGCUUAGUUCUUUGAUGUUGAAGAGAUGGAGACCGCCUACGAUUGAGAGGAAGACAAUUGUAAGUAGUGGUGAUUUAGAGGAUGGUGGGGUUAAGUUUGCGGUUGACGAGUUUAGUUUGAAGAAUGGGACGGUUGAUGAAUUUAAUUCCGUGAAGAGAAAGAAACGUUUUCUGUUUUCGACAUGGUUGUCCAAGUUGAACAUGAGAAGUGGUGCUGCACGUGUGUCUAGAACAAUGAAUCAAGAGUAUGAAUUAGUUCCUGGUCAUGUCUAG